GCUAGGAAAGGCCGCAGUGACCGUAUGCGCCUGGCGCGAUGGGCCCCCGUUUCUUAUGCAGCUGCUGCUGACUUUGUGCGCGUAUGUGUCAUGCUGGAGAAUAUUCGUCGCUCGCAUUUGCAGCGUUCAACUGCGGACGGGCUGCACAGCGCGCCCCUUGUUGCUUAUAUGGCAGGCAUUGGGACGACGAUCCGGAGAACAUGAGAAACUUUUCCCGGACGUGACGGAGCUGGGACCGCUCUCUGACCGUCGUCUUGAAGCCCGCACCAAUCGAAACCGCAUAAUCUGCACUCACUAAUCUAUGCUAUUGGCUGGACGGCGAUUGCGGAAUUCGUCUUCUUCGCCUUCAGUGCCUCUGCAUAUCAAGGGUGAUCAGAACAGCGUCUACCAUGGCUCCAGAAAGCGCUCCAGCCAACAAAAUGCUCCGAGAUUUCCAGGUGUACAUCCUGACAUGGAAUGUAGUCUGUCGAGCACCAAUCGCAGACCUCCGCAGUGCCUUGGGCCUAGAGCCUCCCAUAAUUCCAGAGGCGCUGCCAGACAUGUACGCCAUUGGGUUCCAGGAAGUGAGUGCAAGACCUCAGCACCUCCUGUCCCAAGCCUUUUUUGAAGAGCCCUGGAUUCAAGCCAUCAGGAAUGCCCUGCACAAGUACAGUUAUGUCAAGGUAAAGCAUGUGCGUCUACAGGGCCUCAUCUUGACCAUCUUUACCAAGCGCGAGCACCUGAUCCAGCUGCGGGGCAUUCAGUCUACAUACACCCGAACGGGUCUCGGGGGUGUCUGGGGCAACAAAGGUGGAGUCACCAUACGGCUUUGCGUCUACGGUUGCUCCAUUUGUUUCGUCAACAGCCAUCUGGCUGCACACGAGAGUGAAACAUUCCAACGGAUAAAUGAGUAUAACACAAUAAUUGAGAAGCAAAGGUUUUUUGACACCCAGGCAACAAACAUUUUGACGCACGAUUACACGUUUUGGUUCGGGGACCUGAAUUUCCGUGUGGACGACUGCACGUUGGAGGAAAUGAGGGCUUCUAUUGAGAACAACACCUAUAGCCAGAUGCUGUCGAAAGAUCAGUUGAACCGCGUACGCAGCAAAGGUGAAGCCUUCCACGAGUUCUGCGAAAAUGACAUUACCUUCGCGCCAACCUACAAGUUCCAGAUUGACCGCAUCGGCUACAACUUCAGCCAGCGCAAGCCAGCCUGGACUGACAGGAUCCUCUAUCGCUUCACCAAGAAUGCCUACGAGAAUGUGACCCUUGAUCUAAAGCAGCACCGGUAUGUCAGCCACAACCUGUACAUCCAGAGUGACCACAAGCCUGUGUCUGCUUUCUUCACUCUGAAGGUGUUUGCCAAGCCUGAGCAGCCAGUCAUCUACUUUCUUCCUGUGGGUACCUGGAUCAUCAAUCAGGACAGCUUUGCCUGGUACUACACAAGUGCAGACACCGAACUCAAGUCCUGGGAUUGGAUCGGCCUCUACAGGGAAAACUUCAGUAGCCUGGAGGACCACUUGGGCUACGUGUGGGCGUCAACGCGUCCCACGGAUGUCUAUCCUACCCACUUACGAACACGGCGUAGCCGUUCGCGCUCUUCUCGAGGCAGCCAAUCACGACACGCCUCUGCAGCCGCCAGUGCAGCCCCGUGUGCAGCUCCCAGUGGAGCCACUGGUGUGGCCUCUGGCACAGCCACCAACUCGGCUGUAGGCACCCCAAGUGGGGCCUCGCGUCGCACCAACAGGUCGCCAGCCGAAACGGAAAAUGCGGCACGCUCCCUCUCUUGGCCACGCAACACAGCGGACGAGCCAGGCGACCCCGAGCCCAACUUAGAAGAGCAGCGACCGUUGAGGUCUGCCUCUGCCGUGCCCGCCACGACCCCGCCCGGCGACAGCACUGCCGAACAGUCGAGGCAGGGAAGCGGUGCCACAAAGAAGCGCGGGGAAGCUACGGUCAGCUGGAGGCCUCCGUCGAGCCGGCAGCCGUCCCCACCGCGCGCCUCGCCUAGCGACAGCCUGGCGGAGGGAGCCAGCGUGCGAGCUGACACGCCUCCCGACAAUGGCAAUGCGACGCCGGUGGAAGGAAAGAGCUACUCAGACCAGGGUGACGAUGCCGCCGAGGAUCCCGGUCGGCGUCCGUCCGUGGUAGAAGCGGCGGCUCAGGCUUGUCGCACAGACAGCGCCACGGGACAGGACGGCCAGCGGCAAAAGCCGCCGUCGUCCGAGCGCGUCUUCUACAGGGUGCUCUUUGGCGACCAGACGCUGCUGGUGUCGGGCAGGUACCGGCUGGUCUACCUGCGCGGCCAGUCCGACGUGCUCGGCAUGAGCGAGCCUUUCAAGAUUAAGGCAGCUGUCAGCUGAAGACCCUGCAUGGGCGGCUGCCGCUCCUGAUGUAAAUAGGAUUAUCAAUAGACUGAUCGCGGUAGAAUUAGUGUAUGUUAAUGUUCACAAUUUUCAAAUAUAAUGCGCAGAAAAUACCAUCUCCACUGGCAAUGCCUAGCGGAGGACAAGUCUACCUAUAAUCGCAUAUCUCGCGACAACCUGCGCUUCGUGUCUGAUUCACGUAUAGUAUUCUGCAGCAGUCGCACUCUCUCCGAUAGAACUAUGCGUGGCUAUCGUCAUGCAUGGGAAGGCAGCAUAUGCAUCUUGUUAAUAAAUACUCGCUCUGCCACAUGGAGGUUCGUUACCCCCUUUAAACUUUUCUCGUACGAGUGCCACUCGGUCAGAAAGGUUAUAUUUUUUUACAUCAUAGCCAUCUACUCCUCAUGCUCUGUUAGAUUAUGCUACCAUUAUCAAUGAGCGGUGUUGGACUUGGAGGCCUUCUGUGAACUGUUGUUUGUAUCGACUUGCGCGCACGAGAAAUCUUAAAUGCGAGCCACAAGCACAACAUGUAUGUAACGUCGUUGAUGUAUCGAACGACCAACUUUUUCCGUUUUCACUUUGUCGUUAGUUAUAGUUUCGUACUUAGUCGUGGCCCGGGAGACCUUGUGAUACCAAUCCCAACAGUUUUUGUGAUAUUUAUCAAGCUCACUCUGUUGUGCCUUUGAGCACGGAUUGCAAGCGUGGCGAAGCAAGCCGCAAGAGUUGGGUUUCCACGGCCGAAAGUACUAAGGAAGCGUAGGGCUUACACUUACUUGUAGGCUGUCUGCUUAAUGUAUGGAUACUUGAUCUCUUCGCAUUUAUUCAUUCCACGAUGUUUUGGAGGAUAUGUGUAUUCGAUGCGGUACAAAUGGUUAUUUCUCUGCGCGUAGCACGUGCAAUAUUCCUCUUUCGCAAAGUAUUGUUCUUUGUUCAGAAAAAUAAAACAAGCAAACCAAAA